AUGCCCCCCCUCUCUAAUGUGAGGAUUUUUUUUCUAAUCCCUUUUGCCCUACCUCUUCUACUUCUUACCCACCCACCACCUUCCCAUGUCUUCCUUCCCACGCAGGAGGAGGCCUCCGAACAGAGUGUGAAGACUUCCUUCUUCGAUGAUGGGCAGUCGAUGGAGUCCAAGAGGGAGAGGGAGAAAGAGGAGGCGGAGGAGGACCCCCCAGGGGUCAGCAGUGAGGAAAUGAAGAACCAACCCAAAGUGCACGACGUGACUAUUAGCAGCGAGGACGAAGCGGUUAUGUGUGUAGACCUGAGGAGGAAGAGACGAAUGAACCCCCAUGAUGAGUAUUACUCUGUUAAGCUGCCCAAGUUUAUAGGCGUGUGCCCCGAUAUAGGGGCGCUCCCUCGGCGGGCACGCGGUGAAGCGGUAUACUCUAACGAAGCGCUACACGCCGGCGAAGCGGCACACUCCAGUGCAGCAAAAGCAGCCGCGCACGUGGUAGACUUAACCCACUCGGCGGACCAACGCAACGUGAAUGACCUCGAAGGGGAGGGCCGCCACCCCCAACUGGCCAAAAACCAAAAAGCGGUCAUCUCCUGGCACUUUGAUGUAGACGCAUAUAAUAGACAAAAGCAGAAAAGGGAGACACAUGCCAUGAAAGAGGAAGGGACCAAGAGAGAAAAACAGCAAUGUGAUCGAGGGGAAGAUCCACACAAAGGUUACGAAGCGGUAGAAGUGCACUCGGAAGGAAGCGACUUGUCUCAUUUGACCGAUGACAAUCUGUCUGACUUCUCCAGCGUCGAUGAGCUUUACCAAACCUACCAGGUGACUCACAAGUGCGACGACCUGAUGAGCCUUCCAUGUGACGACCCAAAUGAAAAGAAAACCGCUUUAUGCCGCAACAUGGAGUUCCUAGAAACCAAUGCAUUCAUCGUUCAGUAUGAAGAUGGCAAAUUAAUUUUCUUUAUUAAUGAGAGGCCAUAUCUUUUGGAGUGUGACAGGGAGACCAAUUAUCUGAUCGAGCUGUCCGAGAUGAGCGUCAUGCCCAUCCACUGCAUUUUGGAGAAGAAGUUUUUCCUCAAGGCGAUCACUCGGGAGGAACAGGGGGGGGGCCCUCAGGGGGCUGCGCCGCCGGGGAUGGUCGACGUGUAUUACUCGCUGCACGGGUGA